GAUCAUUGUUUUCAAGAAGAGAGCAAACCCCAUUCUCUCUUUACGGUUCCAGCCUGGCCCUGGGCUUCCUAAUUACAAUCAAAAGGUUAAGCUGGCCUUGUGAUGAGUGGGCUUUCGUCCUUGAACACAGAAAUGAGCUCACAGCUGAUCAUGCAGAGGCAACCGCUGGUGCGUGUGUCUGUCUCUCCCCUGCCGCCCGAGCCUGUUCGGAGCAGGAACCCCGCAUUACAUCACCGGCUCGCUCGCUCGCUUCUGGGGAGGGAAGGAGCAAAGCGGCGACUCCGGGGGGCUGCUGCUGAGGGUGAGAAGGGAGAGGCUCAGGAGCCCAGGGGGCGAGGAGGCUACUGCGGAGGGGCGGCCGCGCACGCAGCAGAGGCUCGAAGCCCGCAGCUGGAGGAGGAUGCAAGAGUUACGAGACAUGCAUUAAAGAGGGGGGAAAGGGGGAGACCAACCCCCCGGUCCAGCCGCCUCCUCCUUCGGCAUCCUCCCAUGCGACGGUGCCUGCACCCCAAGGGCAGCCGGGCAGCGGGCCGGGGGCUCCUGCUCCCAGGCUGAGAAGAGACAAGCCGGUGGGGGAGGGUCGAGCUUUUCUUUUUCGGUGGCGCUCCCUCCCUCCCCCGGCUGAGAAGAUGUUAUGGCCGAGCUGGCGGAGAAGGGCAGCGGCAGCCUAGGGACGGCGGGCGGGCGGCAGCAGCAGGAUGGGGGGGCGGCGGAUGGCGGGGGGCCGGAGGAGGAGGAGGCGGCGGCGGCGGCCGGGGCCGCCAACCCCGCUAACUACGAGGACUACGAGUGCAAGAUCUGCUACAAUUACUUCGACCUGGAGCGGCGCGCGCCCAAGCUGCUGGAGUGCCUGCACACCUUCUGCCAGGAGUGCCUGAGCCAGCUGCACCUGCGGGCCGCGCAGCGCCCCCCGCCCGCCCCCGCGCAGGCCGGCCCGCCCGGCGCCGCGCCAUGGCGCGCCGGGGCCAGCGGCACCAUCUGCUGCCCGGUGUGCCGCCACCGCACCGCCCUGCCCGACCAGCGCGUGCACAGCCUGCCCGUCAACACCAAGCUGGCCGAGGCCUUCCCCCUGCAGCUGCGGGCCCGCGACCCGCUGCCCCAGGACCGCCUGCCGCCCGCGCCGCGCCCCGCCGCCGGCCCCCAGCCGCGCCCCGCGCCCCACGAGGCGGGCCCAGCCCCGCGGCCGCAGCGCCCCGGCCCGCGCUCCUCGGGCGGCGGCUACGAGAGCUGCCAGAGCUGCAAGCGGGCGGCGCUGAGCGCGGGCUGCGUGUGCGUGGUGUUCUCCUUCCUCUCCAUGGUGGUGCUGCUCUUCACCGGCCUCAUCUUCGUCAACCAGUACGGGGGGGAGCCGAGGCCCGGCGGCCCGGCCUCGCCCUCCCCCGUGGGGCCCAUCUGCCUCUCGGUCGCCAGCAUCCUCGCCCUCUUCUCCGUCGUGGUCACCUGGCUCAUCUGCUGGCUCAAGUACCGACCCGAGGCGGGGGCCGAGGCGGCCCCCGGGAGCGGGACCCCCAGGGGGCGGGCUGCUGCUGCUGGCGGCAGGAGGAGCCACACGUAGCGCUGGGGCCGCGGCCGCCUGUUGUUGCUGCAGCCGCCGCCUGAGGCUGCCCCCCCACCACCCGGGUGCGGGAAAGCGGGGGCCCUGCGGGGUACUGGGCCCGGGCGUUUCCAAGCACGCGCUUGCCCGGCCUGGUCCCCUCUGGUCUCGGGGGACAAAGGGAGGGCAGGUGUUAGAGGAACGGGGACCACAGAGCCUCGGUGCAUUUGGCCUGGUCUCUUCCCUUCCACGCACCUUGCACUCCUUAUCGCCUCUCUGCCUCCACGGGGGGGAAUACAAGGAGCCACCGGGGGCGGGGGGCACCUGCUGGCCCGCCGUGCACUUGGCCUCUUCUCUGCACGUGGAGGACGCACCUUACCUUGUCUGUGCUCCACACUUGAGGGACCCUGCAAGAGGCUUGGAGGAAGUGGGACCAUUGCACCUCAGUGCACUUGUCCUGCUACUUCCUCCACAAAAGCCGUGCACACAGUCCUAGAUCCCAGUCCGUGGAUGCAAGGAAAGACCUUGUCAUGGAGAGAGGUGAAACGAUUUUUCAAAAUUCACUUGAACUGUUACCUGCUUCUCACCCACACAUGCAAACUCCUUUCUGCCCUCUCCCUUAUGUUCCCAGCCUAAGGGGAAAGACCAUGUGUGGGAGAAUUGGAGGAGAUGGGUUAGUUAUUUUGGUACUCAAUCCUGAAGUGCAAAUCCUUCUUAGGAUCUUAUUAGUGGAUAAGGAUGCAGGGCCAUCAUUUUGAGUGGCAGCGUUAUCUAGUGAAUAGAGCACAGACUGGGAGCCAGACACUUCUGAAUUCUAAUCCUGGCCUUGCCACUGAUCUGCUAGGUGGCCUUGGGAAAGUGAUUUAGCAUCUCUGUAUUGUGGUUUUCUCCUCUGUAAAAUGGGAAUAAUAAUUCUUAUUUACCUAUUUCAAAGGGAGUUGUGAUGACUAAUUAGUUAAUGUUUGUAAAGCACUUUGAAAAUGUCAAGUGCUAUAUAAGUGCUAGUAUUAUUUAUUAUUUAUUUUUCACGACAUCAAGGAAGGGAGGAGAAUAGAGGGAAUGAUAUCUGGACAAUUAAUGAGUUUGAAAUGAAUGCCUUGUGUACAUGUAUAGAGGGACGGGGGGAUGUCUGAUGGAGGGAGCAAAGAAGGUGGGAGAAUUAAGUAAGAUCUAUCAGCUAUCUUCUUGCCAACUGGAGGGUAAGAUACAUGUCUCUAACAGAUAUACAAUGGCCUGGCAUCUUGGGAAAUUAGGAAAAGUCAAGGGGUAGGAAAGGGUCACACACCAUUUCCCUACUUUUAUCAUUUAUCAGCAUACCCUUGUUUCUGUGCUUGCUAAUGCAGAGGGGAUGAAGCCAUUUAUCAAAGAAAACUGGCUUACUGUUGCCCCCACCUGGAAGAUAAUUGAAGAGAUGCAUUGUUGUUACGAUCAGAAUAAGAUGACUGUGUUCAUUGUAUUUUGUUCUUUUCCCUUUUUAACCUUAAAAAAAGGAACUACAGUACAUGUACAAAAGAGCUGUCUUAAACUCCUGUCCUAAAGAGACUGCGCCAAAGUAUCCCCACAUGUAUCUGUUCCCCCUGUAUAAGAAAACUGCCUCUAUAAGGCAAUUGACUUUUUGCCAGGCCCUUGAGUAGUUGUUUAAAAUAGGCUUUGCUAUUUCAUUUUUAGAGAUCGUUGUUUAAUGUGGGUAACUGAAACACUGUUUUGUGCAUUUUAAACAAUUUACUGAAGAUGGUUUAAUUAAUAUAAUAUAGCUCUAAAACUGGGAUGAAAGAUUUCUGUGGCACAGAAUAAUGAUUGAUUGACCAUUCAUUUAUAUGGUGAAAGGAAUCCCACAUUAAAAUAUUGAUUUUCAACAGCGCAGUAAAAGUGGAAUAUGAUAGUAUCAUUUCUGUAUUGAUAAUUAGCCUUCAGUUACAAUAGUUACAACUAGAAAGUGUUUUUCCACCCUUCUUGAUAUGUUUCACUUCUGUAUUAUGAAUUUCUCUAAAAGGCCAGGAGAACACUUUUUGUAUAUGUCAGGUUGGGACUUUAAUGCAUUUCAUAUAUGGUGAGAUAUUCAUAAUGCGAGAUGAAAAAUCAUGCCAUAUAAUUUGUUUUGUAAUGUACAAAGGAGAGCACUCUAUGUAAGUACUAUUGUAUGUUGCAGGAUAAUUUUGUUUGGUGCCUGAAUUUAAAAAAAAAAACUUAAUUAGCUGUUAUCUCUUAUAUCUGGAAUGAGAAACUGCUUCCUCUUCCAUAUUUCUACAUAGUACUGUAUUGGAAUGAAAAUGAUGAUUUUUGUGCUUAACAAUUGGAGAAUUUAAAGGUGGUUGUAUAUUAUUCCCUGUGUAUUUAUGCAAGCUUUCUGCAUGAUAUCCUGACAAGUAUUCUAUUAAUAGACCCUUACUUGACCACUUCUAUUUAUGACAAGUGAAAAGAAAUGUAUUGACUAUUUAGGAGCAGAAAGACAGCAACUGAAGACUUGUUUUAAGUGUGAUGUGUUUUAUGACUGCACAAGUGAUGUGUAGUGUGCAUUGUCUUGAUUAUCACAAACCUGUAAAAAUGUAGUAUUUGUACAAAGAUCCAUUAUAAUGAAAGUAUUUGAUGAAAACAG